AUGAUAGCAGAGUUUUUCAAUGUGUGACAGCAGUUUGUAACAAACCAAACCGUGUGAAAAUCCGGUAAAAACUCGGGGAGUUAUGAUCAUUGUAUUUUUAGAAUACAUCUUCCUAAGUAGAAAUAAAUGCGGGGGACGCCGCAUUGGGGACCCAUCCAAGAUGGCGCCGCGCUGAUACGUCCGCUCCAAUAGGCAGCGACAGUCUAUGAGGCGUCUACGUAUAUUAUGUCUAUGCAAAUGACGACGAACUGACAUGAGGGUCCCGUCGUUUCGCUCCAGUCCAGCGGGAGGCGCCUAACACAUCCGUUUGUUUGACAAAUUAAACCUCAGAGGAAGAAGUUCAGUUUCAUCGCGCUCUCUGUUGUUUUGUCGGUAUGACAUGUUUCUAAAAUAAAAUAAUACAGUUUUUGAAUCAGUUCAGUAAAUACCUGUAAUAUUCUCUUCUUCAUAUUCGUGAUUGAGUCUUGAAGCGAGUCGUUUAUCAUCUGAACUGAGAUCUGCUGCUGUGAAGAUGGAGUUUGUUAAAGAAGAGAGAGAAGAGAACACGAGUGAACCAGAAACCAGCACAAUAAAACAAGAGGAACCAGAAACCUGCACAAUAAAACAAGAAGAACCAGAAACCUGGAGAAUAAAACAGGAGGCACCAGAAACCUGCACAAUAAAACAAGAGGACCCAGGAACCUGGAGAAUAAAACACGAGGAACCCGAAACCUGCACAAUAAAACAAGAGGAACCAGAAACCUGGAGAAUAAAACACGAGGAACCAGAAACCUGCACAAUAAAACACGAGGAACCAGAAACUUUGAGAAUAAAACACGAGGAACAAGGAGAGUUCAUUGAAGAAAAAGAGGAAAAUGAAGAAUCAAGUGAAGUUGAGGAGAAAAAUCAUGUCAAAACUGGUGGAAAACCUUUGAUUUGCUUUCAAACUAAACAGAAAGAUUUAAAGAAAACAAGAGUUAAGAAAUCUUUCACCUGCGAUCAGUGUGGAAAGAGUUUCAAAUGUAAAUCAAAUCUUAAUCGUCACAUGACAGUUCAUACUGGAGAGAAACCAUUCACUUGCGAUCAGUGCGGGAAGAGUUUCACACAAUCAUCAAACCUUAAGAAUCACAUGAACAUCCACACUGGAGAGAAGCAGUACGCAUGUGAUCAGUGCGGUAAAAUCUUUUUAUGGGCUUCACUUCUGAAGAAACAUUUGAAAAUUCAUGCAAAGAAGAAGCCACAUUCAUGUAAUUUGUGUGGUAAGAGUUUUUUGAAUCUACAAAGUUGGAAAAAACAUCAGAAAAUACAUACUGGUGUGAGAGAGUACAUGUGCUUUGGGUGUGUAAAGACUUUUAGUUCAGCGAGCAGUUUAAAACUGCAUGAGAGGAUUCACACUGGAGAGAAACCUUACAAGUGUUCACACUGUGACAAGAGAUUCAGUGAUUCAUCAUCUCUGAAAAAACAUGAGAUGAUCCACACUGGAGAGAAACCUUACAAGUGUUCACAUUGUGACAAGAGAUUCAGUCAGUCAGAAAAUCUGAAAACACAUGAGAGGAUCCACACUGGAGAGAAACCUUACAAGUGUUCUCACUGUGACAAGAGAUUUAGUCGUUCAUCAAGUCUGAAAAUACACCAGAGGAUCCACACUGGAGAGAAACCUUAUAAGUGUUCACACUGUGACAAGAGAUUCCGUCGGUUAACACAUCUGAAAACACAUGAGAGGAUUCACACUGGAGAGAAACCGUAUAAGUGUUCACACUGUGACAAGAGAUUCAAUAAUUUAUUAAGUCUGAAAAGACAUGAGAGGAUUCACACUGGAGAGAAACCUUACAAGUGUUCACACUGUGACAAGAGAUUCAAUAAUUUAUUAAGUCUGAAAACACAUGAGAGGAUUCACACUGGAGAGAAACCGUAUAAGUGUUCACACUGUGACAAGAGUUUCAAUAAUUUAUUAAGUCUGAAAAGACAUGAGAUGAUCCACACUGGAGAGAAACCUUUUAAGUGUCCACACUGUGACAAGAGAUUCAGUCAAACAGGAGAUCUAAAAACACACAAGAGGAUCCACACUGGAGAGAAACCUUACAAGUGUUCACAUUGUGACAAGAGAUUCAGUGGUUCAUCAAGUCUGAAAACACAUGAGAGGAUUCACACUGGAGAGAAACCUUACAAGUGUUCACACUGUGACAAGAGAUUCAGUGGUUCAUCGAGUCUGAAAACACAUGAGAGGAUUCACACUGGAGAGAAACCUUACAAGUGUUCACACUGUGACAAGAGUUUCAAUAAUAUAUCAAAUCUGAAAACACACGAGAGGAUUCACACUGGAGAGAAAGCACAUCACUCCAAUGUACAAGGGAAGCGUUCCAUUAAGUCAUUUGUUAUACACAGUCAAACAAAAACCAAUCACAGUAAGGCCCCUUACACGCGGAAACACAUUUAGCUGUAUAUGUAAAUAUUUUGUAUGGUAUAUGUGUUUCGUCCAGACUGAUCCAGCAUUCGGGGCAGUGAAAACCCUAU